UUUUUUAUUACCAGAUAUUCCAGCUUCACCUCUGAAUUAAAUAAUAAGUGUUGUUACUUCCACAUCCACACAUCUAUAGUAAUAUUAUAAAAAAGAAGAAGAAGAAGGUUCUGAAACUAUACUGUUGAAAACUCUACAUUCGCUGGUGACAUAGACUAUAAUUUACACGGGCGUGACUUGAUAAUCUUGUAAUUACCCAAGUAACACUAUUUACUAUAACUAAAACCUUUAGUUACUUAUCAGUCAUAAAAUAAGAUCUAUAAUAGUAACCGUUGUGACUGGUUGUACUAUAAUGGUUUUCAACAAAGCGAUUUAAUUCUUUAAUAUUUAAGAGUAUGUUAUGUUUUUAGAUCAAAUCGAUGAUAAAACUAGGGCCUAUUUGGGGUUUACAACAUUAUUAUUAAACUGAUUAGCACGCAUUAUAAUAAAACGUUCUUGAAACUAUGCCACCGAAUUUUGCUACUUGGGAGAUAUACCCUCUACCCAAUUCAUUAGUAUUAUCAAUCCUAAAAUUUAUAUUUCAGGAGACAUACCGACGUUGGGCGUGCAGCACAAUGGUGCCUCUUUGGGUGGAGGAGGGUGCGGAGGAAGGCGGCGAGGAGGGUGGGCGAACACGGCGAGCGCCGGCCGAGCACGCGGCACGGUGGCGAGCGCGGCACCUCGAGCGUGUCGGACAUCUGGACCGGCGGCGCGCCGGCGGCGUCGUCGGCCGCUGGGUCCGCGCCGCUGCCGCUGGCCCCGGUCGGCCUCUAGCGAGACUCAAACCCUGUCUCUCUGUCUGCCAGCUCGUCGAGCAACACUGCCCCUACUUUCUGCCGGCGGAUCGCGCACCUGCCUACCCCACUCAGUAUGCAGGGGAGCCCACGUUCCUAUGCCUCGAUCCGCGCAUCCUGGAAACGGGUGCGCAGGCGAACAAAUCCAACUACGGGCCGGACGAGUGCUGCUACUGGUACUGCGAGGGACGGCUGUGCUAUCGAUGCGAGGCACGGUUAAGCGAGCAGCCGAGGCCAGAGGCUGAACGGUGCACGCCAGUGGAAGAACGUGUGCCAUCAUGUUCGGUGCCAUACCAGGCACCGGCAUCGGCUACUAAUGUGCCCCCACCCCGCACUGCUCUCCUCUUCCUUGCGCUGCUCCUAGCCGCGCUCGCACGGACCCAUUGGACGCUUCGCACGCCUCUAGUGAAUGUGCGCGACUCGAGGUUAUAG